AUGUGGCGGCUGAAGUUGGUUUUAGCAGUAUCACUGGUGGCUCUUUUUGGAGAAGCACAUGGUCAGUGCGGCGGGACUCUGUCGGAGGAGACAGGUGAAUUGGUCAGCCCGGGAUUUCCGACCGGCUACCCGAGCAACUCCGAGUGCACGUGGAUCAUCCGAGGCGAUGUCGAGGAUACCAUCUUGAUCUUCUUUGACAGUUUUAACGUGGAGGCUGACGACAGCUGCAGAUAUGACUACCUGAGAUACAUUUAUGUUGCAGUUGUCAGCCCAACAACCACCACUACACCUGCGCCCACCACCACAACCAUAACGACGGCUCAGCGUGCGGAAUCAGGACAACCGGCACAGCCUGGAGAGUGCAGUGAUCCGGGAACUCCGCCAGACGGCAGUCGUGAGCUGUCAUCCCUUACCCAUGGCAGCACCGUCACCUUCUCCUGCAAUGACGGGUUCGCCCUGGUCGGUGCCGCCACCCUCACGUGUCUGGACACCGGCCAGUGGGACGCCAGCCGCCCCACCUGCUCAGCCAGCGGCAGUGGUCAGCCCCCUGGAAGCGGACAUUGCAGCAACCCAGGCCUGCCGACUAACGGUCUGAGUGUGCUGAGUGAUGUGCAGUUCCGCCAGGGGGACAGUAUCCAGUUCUACUGUGAUGAGGGGUACGAGCUGACGGGGUCCUCCGAGCUGCUGUGUGACGGUACAGGGGCGUGGUCAGCACAACUGCCUGUGUGUGUCCCUGAUGGUACGUUGACCUCCGGCACGCCGACCUGGGCAGUAGCCUGCAUCGCAGUCGGCGCCGUGGCAGGCCUGGGGAUCAUCGCCGCCAUCUUGUACAUGCUCAUCAAGAC